AUGGAAAGAUGGCGAGAAGCUGAUGGAUUAAUACUUACAGAAGAUAAACUGCCAGAUGGCGUACGUCCACCAGGACAAUUAUGGUUUACACUUAUACAUGAAUCUCCUGUGCAUAUCGCAAUCGCAAACUCUCUGAAGAAUGAGGUGAACUUUACCAUAUCUUAUCGUUUCGACUCAACAGUUUAUUCUUCGUAUGGUUAUUAUGAGCCACAUAUCAAAACUCACGGACCAGAGACGAGAUAUCCACUACCUUCUCGUAACAUUGCGGCUGGGAGAUCUAAAAAGGUGGCGUGGUUUGUAAGUAACUGUAUACCGAAGAGCCCUAGAAUGGUAUAUGCCAAAGAAUUAUCUCGACAUAUAUCCGUUGACAUAUACGGUGGAUGUGGCACGAAAUCGUGUCCGAAGAAUAAAGCAACAUUUGCUUCAACGCCUGAAUGUUUAAGUACGAUUCGUGAAAACUACAAAUUUUAUUUGAGCUUUGAGAACAGUUUGUGUUCGGAGUACAUAACUGAGAAACUCUACAGAAAUGCCCUCAACAACGAUAUACUUCCCAUUGUGAUGGGAGCUUCAAUUGAGGAAUACGAAAGGGUUGCUCCGCCAUACUCGUUUAUUCACGUAGAUCAGUUUGAAUCACCAGCAAAACUUGCAGAAUACUUGAAUUACUUGGACAAAAACGAUACCGCCUACAAUGAAUACUUCGCUUGGCAUGGUCAUGGUAUUAUCCACGACUGGGAUUCUCAACCACAGUGCGCUAUGUGUUUACUAGCACAUACUUCUCCCUUGUUUGGACCGUAUUGGAUUCCACAAGUAGCCAGAUGGUGGAAUGAUGGAUGCAACGGACGGAGACUGCGAUGGGGAUCGUAA